AUGGUCGCUCGCAACCGCAGUCAGCGCAAGCUGAACACCUUCACAACGCUGUUCUUCGCUGCAACAGCAAUGUCAACAGCCAUUCGCAUCCCGGCUUCAAGUCGUUCGACAUACCCACGGAUGACAUCACGGUCAACAGAGAUGGACUCUGCACCCUACCGAGAUGCAUCGUUAUCGGUGGAUGAGCGUGUGGAGGAUCUUAUCCAACGCAUGAACAUGGAAGAGAAGGCCGGACAGCUCUUCCAGCAAAUCACCUUCCAAGGUCCGAACGGAACCUUGGCAAACACAACCGCACCAGUAGUCCAAGGAUUGCAUAUGACGCAUUUCAACCUUAAUGGUGCGGUCACUGAUGUACGCGCGACUGCGCAAUGGUACAACAAUCUCCAGCAACUGGCCUUGGACACCAGGCUCGGUAUCCCAAUCACGCUCUCCACAGAUCCUCGACACACAUUCGUUGAUGCCACUGGCAGCCAGAUCGCGGCGGUCAAGUUCUCGCAAUGGCCAGGCAGCUUAGGAUUGGCAGCGAUCCGAGAUGCUGAGCUCGUCCACACUUUUGCGGAUAUUGCACGACAAGAGUACAAGGCUGUUGGCAUCAGGUCCGCUCUACACCCUCAGAUCGAUGUGGCAACCGAACCCAGGUGGGCCAGAAUUACCACCACGAUGGGAGAGAAUGCUACCUUGACCGCUGAGCUUGUCGUUGCUUACAUCAAGGGUUUCCACGGCCCUGGUGAGUUUGGCAAGGACUCGGUCACCACCGUAUCGAAGCAUUUCCCCGGAAGUGGACCCGUCGAAGAUGGUGAGGACAGCCACUUCACUUACGGCAAGAACGCUACAUAUCCCGGAAACAACUUUGAACACCAUCUCAUUCCCUUCAAGGCGGCUAUCGCAGCUGGCGGGAGGCAAAUCAUGCCUUACUACUCGAGGCCCAUGGGUACCAAGUACGAGGAGGUGGCUGCUGGUAUGAACAAGGGUAUUGUCACCGACCUUCUCCGUGGGGAGCUCGGUUUCGAAGGCAUUGUAGUCAGCGACUGGGGUCUCAUCACCGACGGUAUCAUCGCCGGACAAGACAUGCCCGCUCGUGCCUGGGGCGCUGAGAACCUGACCGAGCUCGAACGUGCCGAGAAGAUUUUGAACGCUGGCACCGACCAAAUGGGCGGCGAGCAACGUACCGACCUCAUUCUCGAGCUGGUAGAGAAGGGCAUCGUAAGCGAAGAGCGAAUCAACACGUCGGUCCGCCGUCUGCUCCGGGAAAAGUUCAUCCUCGGCCUCUUCGACAACCCCUUUGUCGAUAUUGACGAAGCCGUCGCCACCGUCGGACAGCCAGACUGGGUCGCCACCGGCUACGAAGCGCAGAAGAAGUCCAUCACGCUACUCACAAACAAAGACCACACGCUCCCGCUCAAGGCGUCUGACUGCACCAAGGCGAAAUUCUACGUCGAAGGCAUCAACGCCACGUACCUCGAGUCGCGCGACCUAACCGUCGUGUCCACCCCCGAGGAAGCAGACUACGCCUUCCUCCGCAUGGCCGCCCCGUACGAACCGCGUCCCGGUGGUUUCGAAAAGAACUACCACUCCGGCUCCCUCGAGUACAACAGCACUGAGAAGGCGCGCCAAGCAGCCAUCUACUCUGCUGUCCCCACCAUCGUCGACGUCUUCCUUGACCGCCCUGGUGCUUUCCCUGAAAUCGCUGAGCAAGCGCAGGCCCUCAUGGUCAACUUUGGUACUAGUCCCGAGGCGUUCCUCGACGUGGUGUUUGGCAAGGAUGGGUCAGGACCGGAGGGUAUGCUGCCAUUUGAUCUUCCGAGGAGUGAUGAGGCAGUUGAGGCUAGCAGGGAGGAUGUGCCGUUUGAUACUGAGAACCCUGUCUUUAAAUUCGGACAUGGUCUCAGGUAUGAGUAG